AGCUGCUCCUCCUGCCAGCCACCGCUUUAAGAAGCUGCUCCGCGGCAGCGAAAGGGGCCGAAGCUGCAGCCCGAGCAAGCGGACUGAGCCCAGCCGGCAGGUGCACGGCUGCGGGGACAGCAGCGGUAUGACCGGCUGGGGCUACGGCCAGGAAGACGGCCCCUCAAAUUGGCACAAGCUGUAUCCCAUUGCCCAGGGAGAACGCCAAUCACCCAUCAACAUCAUAUCCAGCCAGGCUGUGUACUCACCCAGCCUGCAGCCAUUGGAGCUUUCCUACGAGGUCUGCACAUCCCUCAGCAUCACCAACAAUGGCCAUUCUGUCCAAGUGGACUUCAAUGACAGUGAUGACCGAACUGUGGUGACUGGGGGUCCUCUGGAAGGGCCCUACCGCCUCAAGCAGUUCCACUUCCACUGGGGCAAGAAGCACGAGGUGGGCUCAGAGCACACUGUGGACGGCAAGUCAUUCACCAGUGAGCUACAUUUGGUUCACUGGAAUGCCAAGAAGUACAGCACCUUUGGGGAAGCAGCCUCAGCGCCAGAUGGCCUGGCUGUAGUCGGCAUCUUCCUGGAGACGGGGGAUGAACACCCCAGCAUGAACCGCCUGACAGAUGCACUCUACAUGGUUCGGUUUAAGGGAACCAAGGCCCAGUUCAGCUGCUUCAACCCCAAGUGCCUCCUGCCUGCCAGCCGGCACUACUGGACCUAUCCAGGCUCUUUGACCACGCCCCCCCUCAGUGAGAGUGUCACUUGGAUUGUACUCCGGGAUCCCAUCAGUAUCUCGGAGAGGCAGAUGGAGAAAUUCCGGAGCCUGCUAUUCACCUCCGAGGAUGAUGAGAGGAUCCACAUGGUGAACAACUUCCGGCCACCACAGCCAUUGAAGGGCCGUGUGGUCAAAGCCUCCUUCAAGGCCUGAGCUGCUCACCUGCCCAGCCAGCCAUCACGGCACCAUCUUCCCAAGGGCUUCCAUGUCAGCAGACACCAAACCAUCUGAGGCUCCCUGCCUAAGGGGUGCUGUGGACCCCUCUUCAGCUGGCUUGCUUCUUGGCCACCCUGGAGGGUUCUUGAUGGGACCUACAAGUCAUAGGUACCCUUCAGCUGCCCUGGGGAAUAAAAGAACAGGAGAUGGGCAGAGUCCAAGCCGGGAGCUGCCUCUGUUCUCCAAGACCCAAAGGCCCCUUGGAACCUCCUCUUGUCUUCCCUACUGGCAGUGGUAGCAGCCCCACCCUGAGCUCACACUGUGAUGGAUGAGACUGAGCUCCCCAGGGCAGGCAGCUGGCAUUGCCAGGAAGAUGCAAGCAAUAAUUAGAGGUGGGCAGAGAUGCCCUCUCAGCAUUACCUCUUCUGCAGGCCUCUGCCAUGCACGCACCUCACUGCCAGGCUACUAAAAUCAGCACCCAGCCUGCUGGAGGUGACGUGGCCUUUUCCCUCUAGCCACCAGCUGCCAUGGGCAGGACCUGGCUACAGCUUAAUAUAUUAUCUUCCUUUGUUCCUACCCAACCACCAAAGCCACCUACAUGACAGUCCAUCCAUGUACUAACGAAUAAACUCAUUUAUUCAUGCAACAAA